AUGCCUGAGGGAGGUACCGAAGACUCAUGCACACAAACACUAUGUCAGAGAAGCGUCUCUUUACGAUUUUCAUGUAGGCUGAGUUGGCGUAAAACUGGAGGAGAGCGAGAGCCGGCAUCAGCUGGCAAGAGAGAGGCGGAACGCAAAGUUUCACUCGGUUCAUUUUGGCACAAUGACAACAUGUUUUUUACGCCUGUCCGAGCCGACCAUCAAGUUGGGUCGGCAUAUUACAUGCGCAUUGGUACUAACCCUUUACUAUGGGGUCGAAAAGGAAGGCGAACUUUUUCAUUCGACCUGACCUGA